AUGCUACAAAUUCAGGACAACAUGGAGAUCCUAAGUAACACGACAUCUCAAUUUCCAACCUUCUUAUUGACCGGCAUUCCUGGAGCAGAGUCUGUCCAUGCCUGGAUCUCCAUUCCUUUUUGUUGUCUGUAUGCCAUUGCCCUUUCUGGGAACAGUAUGAUCCUGUUGGUCAGCAUUACCCAGCAGACUCUCCAUGAGCCCAUGUACUAUUUCCUCUCCAUGUUGUCAGCUGCAGACUUGGGCUUGACUGUUUCUACAAUGUCAACAACAUUAGGCAUCCUCUGGUUUGAUGCAAGAGAAAUAAGGCUAGAUACCUGCAUUGCCCAGAUGUUUUUUCUUCAUGGAUUUACCAUCAUAGAAUCUGGAGUGCUAGUGGCUAUGGCUUUCGACCGCUAUGUGGCUAUCUGUGAUCCUCUGAGAUAUACUACCAGUCUCACUAAUUCCAGAAUCGUUCAAAUGGGCCUCUUAAUGAUUACACGCACUGUAGUAUUGAUAAUGCCACUACUCUUGCUCCUUAAGCCCCUUAAUUUCUGUAGAGCAAAUAUCCUUUCUCACUCCUACUGUUACCAUCCAGAUGUGAUUAAAUUAGCACGUUCAGAUACUCGGGCCAACAGCAUCUGGGGAUUAAUUGUUCUCAUGCUGACCACAGGAGUAGAUACACCAUGCAUUGUCCUGACUUAUAUCUUGAUCAUUCGCUCUGUCCUCAGUAUUGCCUCCUCUGAAGAACAAAAGAAGGUCUUUAGCACCUGUGUCUCCCAUAUUGGAGCAGUUGCUAUUUUCUACAUCCCCUGGAUGAGCCUAUCGUUGGUGCAUCGCUAUGGUAGAUCAGCCCCCAAAGUGGUCCACUCAGUGAUGGCUAAUAUAUACCUGCUUUUGCCCCCUGUACUCAAUCCCAGCAUCUAUAGUGUAAAAACAAAACAGAUUCGCAAGGCUAUACUCAGUCUACUCCUUAUGAAAUAA